CAUCAAUGGCGAAUCAAGUCUCAGUUAUCAACCCUUUCUACUGUUCUGCUGACUCUAUCACUCUACAGAUUAAUACUGAGACAGGAAUCACUUACAAUGAAAAUGGUGAUAGUCUCUUUUAUAUGGACGAUACUUUUUUCACACUUCACAACCGACGUGUCUUAUAUGAUAAUACAAAAACACCCAUCGUCACCUUCUACAGAAAGGCCGUGACGAUGCAUGAGCGAUGCAAAGUUUUCAAUGGUGAAAGCACCGAUUCAUCUCAAUUGCUAUUUUCUGUGAAAAAAACCAAUAAAUCGAUCCCACCCGGGAUUACUAAAUUAAAUGUAUUCCUAGCAAAGAAUAAAGGCAAAAAGGAAAGUGACUUUAGAGUGAUCAUUUAUGGAAGUAAAAACUCUUGCGCAGUUUAUGCCGGUGAAUCUCCUAUUAUUGUAGCCCAAGUGCAGAAUAAUGGUGGCUUUAAUGUGAAGAUCCAACCUAACGUGGACUACGCAUUCAUAGUGGCUCUACUUAUGAUUGUUAAAGAUAUGAGAUGUUCUAAUCAGCUCAUGGAUAGUACACGAAGAACUAGUAAUGCCUUCGAAUUGAUUUCAUCAUCGAUAUCGCUUGCAGCAACCCAGUAAAUAAAUGUAUUGUAUAAGAAAAUUAAAGUAAAAGUGAGCAAAUAAAUUGCAGCUCCUCCCUAAUCCACUUGUAUGUCUGCUGUAUUAUGUUCACUAUUUCUGUUAUAUUUUAUUAUAU